AUGUUUACUAACGGUUCAAAUAAUACUUUACCUGCCGAGACUACCUCAUCGCCAGAAGACAAGUCAUCGCGAGGUUGGUUUGCGCUUUUCUUAACGCUUGUUGCGUUAUUUGGUCAUACUUUAGUCUUCUUGGCAUUUUACCGAGAACGGAAGCUACGAACUUUGCAAAAUAUUGUUAUUAUUAAUCUUAGUGUUGCUGAUUUUCUCUUCAGCGCAAUUGUCCCCUCAACGCAUGUUGUGCGUCUUCUUCGAAGGGAAGAAACUUUAAGUGAAACGCCUUGCUACGUUACUGGUGUUGCAAGUAUGCUACUCUGCCUUGCAUCGAUUAAUACCUUAACGUUUAUCAGUAUUGAAAGAUUUAUGGCGACUAAUUAUCCAAUAAAACACAGACGUUACUUUGAUUUAAAAUUAGUAAAAGUUGCCUUAGCCAUCAUUUGGUGUUGGAGUGCAAUACUUAGUGCUUUCCCUUUCCUUACCACUAAGUAUGUUUUCCUCAAGAGAUUUUUCCACUGUUCUCCUGAUUGGGCUAAAAAUUUAGCAACUACGUUGACACUAGUUAUUCUUGGUAUUGGUAUACCAUUGGUUAUUUUGAUUUAUUGUAACUUCCAUAUUGUUUACGCUUUGCGCCAGAGCAGACAAAUUCAUACAAAUAAUACAAACCGGGACAUUUCCAACGCGCGGUAUAAAAGAGAACGGCAAAUGUCGGUGUUGACAUUUGCCGUAGUCGUAACGUUCGCUAUAUGUUGGGCACCCUACAGUGCAGCCAUGUUAUGCUUGGCCCGCGGAAAUUGUGGAUUUUCCGAGGAUUUCAUGUUCUUAGCAUUAAUACUAAGCAUUUUAAACAGUAGUUGCAAUCCUCUAAUCUAUGGACUACUCAAUAGGAAUUUCCGCAAUGGUUUCAAGAAUAUUAUAACAUGCCGACGGGCCGAAACGUCACCUGCCAAUAUGUUAACAAUGGCUGCUACACAGAAUUGUUUUACGGAUUUUAAAAUGACAAAACGACGAACAAUUUACAACGACAAUAUCUAG